AUGUUGCUCCACACCCGUCCUCGUCCAUUCCUCAAUCUGUCCUCAAUCUGUCCUCCAUCUGUCCUUCAUCUGUCCUCAAUCUGUCCUUCAUCUUUCCUCCAUCUGUCCUCCACCUGUCCUUCAUCCGUCCUUCAUCUGUCCUCAAUAUGUCCUUCAUCUGUCCUUAAUCUGUCCUCAAUAUGUCCUCCAUCUGUCCUUCAUCUGUCCUCAAUCUGUCCUCUAUCUGUCCUCCAUCUGUCCUCCAUCUGGUCUCCAUCUGUCCUCCAUCUGUCCUUCAACUGUCCUCCAUCUGUCCUCCAUCUGUCCUUCAACUGUCCUCCAUCUGUCCUUCAACUGUCCUCCAUCUGUCCUUCAACUGUCCUCCAUCUGUCCUUCAACUGUCCUCAAUCUGUCCUCCAUCUGUCCUUCAUCUGUCCUCAAUCUGUCCUCCAUCUGUCCUCCAUCUGUCCUCCAUCUGUCCUUCACCUGUCCUCCAUCUGCCCUCCAACUGUCCUUCAACUGUCCUCCAUCUGUCCUUCAACUGUCCUCCAUCUGUCCUCCAUCUGUCCUCCAUCUGUCCUUCAACUGUCCCCAAUCUGUCCUCCAUCUGUCCUUCAACUGUCCUCCAUCUGUCCCCAAUCUGUCCUCCAUCUGUCCUUCAUCUGUCCCCAAUCUGUCCCCCAUCUGUCCUUCAGCUGUCCUUCAUCUGUCCUCCAUCUGUCCUCCAUCUGUCCUUCAACUGUCCUCCAUCUGUCCUUCAUCUGUCCUCCAUCUGUCCCCAAUCUGUCCUUCAACUGUCCUCCAUCUGUCCUUCAUCUGUCCUCCAUCUGUCCUUCAUCUGUCCUCAAUCUGUCCCCCAUCUGUCCCCAAUCUGUCCUUCAACUGUCCUCCAUCUGUCCUCCAUCUGUCCCCCAUCUGUCCUCCAUCUGUCCUUCAACUGUCCUCCAUCUGUCCUUCAUCUGUCCUCCAUCUGUCCCCAAUCUGUCCCCCAUCUGUCCUUCAUCUGUCCUUCAUCUGUCCUUCAUCUGUCCUCCAUCUGCCCCCCAUCUGUCCUUCACCUGUCCUCCAUCUGUCCCCCAUCUGUCCUCCAUCUGUCCUUCAACUGUCCUCCAUCUGUCCUUCAUCUGUCCUCCAUCUGUCCCCAAUCUGUCCCCAUCUGUCCUUCAUCUGUCCUUCAUCUGUCCUUCAUCUGUCCUCCAUCUGCCCCCCAUCUGUCCUUCACCUGUCCUCCAUCUGUCCCCCAUCUGUCCUCCAUCUGUCCCCAAUCUGUCCCCCAUCUGUCCUUCAUCUGUCCUUCAUCUGUCCUCCAUCUGUCCUCCAUCUGUCCUUCACCUGUCCUCCAUCUGCCCUCCAACUGUCCUCCAUCUGCCCUCCAACUGUCCUUCAACUGUCCUUCAUCUGUCCUUCAACUGUCCUUCAUCUGUCCUUCAACUGUCCUCCAUCUGUCCCCAAUCUGUCCUCCAUCUGUCCUUCAUCUGUCCUUCAUCUGUCCUCCAUCUGUCCUCCAUCUGUCCUUCAUCUGUCCUUCAUCUGUCCCCCAUCUGUCCUCCAUCUGUCCUUCAUCUGUCCUCCAUCUGUCCCCCAUCUGUCCUCCAUCUGUCCUCCAUCUGUCCUUCAUCUGUCCUUCAUCUGUCCCCCAUCUGUCCUCCAUCUGUCCUUCAUCUGUCCCCCAUCUGUCCUUCAUCUGUCCUUCAUCUGUCCUCCAUCUGUCCUCCAUCUGUCCUUCAUCUGUCCUCCAUCUGUCCCCAAUCUGUCCUCCAUCUGUCCUUCAUCUGUCCUUCAUCUGUCCUCCAUCUGUCCUUCAUCUGUCCCCCAUCUGUCCUCCAUCUGUCCCCAAUCUGUCCCCCAUCUGUCCUUCAUCUGUCCUCCAUCUGUCCUUCAACUGUCCUUCAACUGUCCUUCAUCUGUCCUUCAACUGUCCUCCAUCUGUCCUUCAUCUGUCCUCCAUCUGUCCCCCAUCUGUCCUUCAUCUGUCCUCCAUCUGUCCCCAAUCUGUCCCCCAUCUGUCCUUCAUCUGUCCUUCAUCUGUCCUUCAUCUGUCCUCCAUCUGUCCUCCAUCUGUCCUUCACCUGUCCUCCAUCUGCCCUCCAACUGUCCUCCAUCUGCCCUCCAACUGUCCUUCAACUGUCCUUCAUCUGUCCUUCAACUGUCCUCCAUCUGUCCUUCAACUGUCCUUCAACUGUCCUUCAUCUGUCCUUCAACUGUCCUCCAUCUGUCCCCAAUCUGUCCUUCAUCUGUCCUUCAUCUGUCCUCCAUCUGUCCCCCAUCUGUCCUCCAUCUGUCCUCCAUCUGUCCUCCAUCUGUCCUCCAUCUGUCCUCCAUCUGUCCUCCAACUGUCCUCCAUCUGUCCUCCAUCUGUCCUCCAUCUGGUCUCACACCUGGACACACUGCUUCGCUGGUCAUCAAAGUUUGGGGGCACUACAAACCCAUUGA